AUGCUCCAAAGGAAAAAAAUUAACACCCUCCCCCGCACCUCCCAUGUCCCUUUGCCCAGGAACAAUUCCAGACCCGACUGCAGGAAGGAAGGGAGAGAAAAGCUCCUGGGAUUGAAACUGACCAGAGAAAGGAGAAGCCCAGAGUACCUGGAACAAAUCCAGACCCGCCUGCAGACCCUGAAGAAAGAGAGGGCAAAGCUGCUGGGAUUUAAAGAGACUGAAAAGGGGAGAUGCCAGGAGCAUCUGAAACAGACACAAGCCGAGAGGCAGAAGAUUGUGUCUCUAUUUCAACAACUGCACCAGACGCUGGAGGAAAAAGAGCGACUCCUGCUGGUCCGGCUACAAGAGCUGGACAAGACGAUUGUGAGGAUACAGAAUGAAAAUGUCACCAAACUCUCUGAGGAGAUUUCCCGGCUCAGUGAGCAGAUCAAUGAGAUGGAGCGGAAGUGCCAGCAGGCAGCGAAUGAAUUUCCACAGGAUGUCAGAAGCACCUUGAGCAGGUGCAAGAAGGGGAAGUCCCAGCAGCAGGUGGAGAUUCCUCUUGAGCUGGAGGAGUUCCUCAGUGAAUUCUCUCAGGGGAACAGUGUCAGGAAGACGCUGAAGGAAUCCAAAGUGAAUGUGACUCUGGAUCCAGAUACAGCUCAUCCUGAACUCACGGUGUCUGAGGAUCGGAGAAGCGUGAGAUGGGGAGACACGCGGCGGCGAGUGCCUGACAAUCCCAAAAGAUUUGACGCUGAGCCCUGUGUGCUGGGCUGUGAGGGAUUCACCUCGGGGAGACACUACUGGGAGGUAGAUGUGGGGGAUGGGGGAUACUGGGCCAUGGGGGUGGCCAGAGAGUCUGUGAGGAGGAAGGAAGAGAUCAGCCAUAGCCAUGAGGCGGGAAUCUGGGUUUUGUGCCAGUGCGUGGGUGAAUACUGGGCCCCGACCUCCCCUCUGACCACCCUCUAUCUGAGCUGGGACCCCAGGAGGAUUGGGGUUUUGCUGGACUACGAAGUGGGGCGGGUGUCUUUCUUCGACGCGGACAACGAGAAACCCAUCUUCACUUUCCCGCCGGCCUCCUUCGGCGGGGAGAGAGUCUGCCCUUGGUUCCAUCUCUGUGGGGAGGACAUGCAGCUCCAACUGUGUCCCUGAGGUGCAGGGCGGGACAGCCCCCAUCUGAAGUGCAUUUCUGGCCUGCCAAAGCAACCUCGAGAUGGGAGCGAUCUGACUAGAUGUGAGAAUGACUCUGACCGGCCUGUUGGUCCCUGUUCUCUAUGAUUCCAGAGGGCUGUACGUUUCUGCAGAGAAUGAGACGGGGUGGGGGUUGAAGUAUGAUUUAGUAUAUCACAAAAGGAGCUCUUGUCUGUUGCACUGGGUAAAAACGACA